AUGGAACAUUGCAAAACGCACUCCAAGGAGGCCGACACGGUCCCUCAUGACCGGCCUCACGACCAACCUCCACCACCAUACGAGGCAGUUCCGCAAGAUUUGGCCGAAGCUCAGGGUAUCUCUGUUAAUGAUGACGGCCGUGUUGUUGUGGAUGCUAGUUCUCGGCUCUGCAGAUCUCUUUCUAAGCUAUUGCCUCAUGCUAUCCCCCAGACCUUACCUCCACCAAAUUAUUCAGAAGGGGUGCCAACGUUCAAGUUCCCUCUGAAUAUUGUGAUUCAAAUCAUCGGCAGCAGAGGAGACGUCCAACCAUUUGUUGCGCUUGGUACGGAGCUACAAAACACAGGCCAUCGCGUGCGUAUUGCAACGCAUAAUGUCUUCGAGCGGUUCAUCCUUGAAGCCGGAUUGGAGUUUUACCCUAUCGGCGGUGAUCCGGCUGAGCUGAUGUCAUACAUGGUCAAGAAUCCCGGGUUGAUACCCGGCCUAGACAGUGUUCGUGAAGGAGAUAUUCAGAGGAAGCGUUUAAUGAUGGCGGAAAUCCUUCACGGUUGCUGGCAAUCAUGCCUGAUGCCUGAUCCUAUCACAAAUGUCCCAUUUGUGGCUAAUGCCAUCAUUGCCAAUCCUCCGAGCUUUGCGCACGUUCACUGCGCCCAAGCCCUAGGGAUUCCACUUCACUUGAUGUUCACAAUGCCGUGGAGUCCAACAAGGGCAUUCCCGCACCCGUUGGCCAAUUUGAAAAAUAUCCCAGCUGAUCAAGAGUGGCUUAAUCGCGUCUCUUAUAGCGUCGUGGAUUGGCUAUCAUGGCAGGGUCUAGGGGGUGUGAUCAACGACUGGCGGAAACAUGAGCUGGAGCUCGAGCCUAUCUCUCUUUCAGACGGCCCUUUCAUUCUAAGCAAACUGAAUGUCCCCUAUACGUAUUGCUGGUCCCCUGGCUUAGUUCCUAAACCUGAUGACUGGCCUCAUAAUUUCGACGUCUGUGGGUUCUUCUUCCGCGAUCCGCCCGACUAUCAGCCUCCUCUUGAGAUCGCAGAAUUUCUGAAUGCCGGGCCCCCUCCGGUGUAUUUUGGAUUUGGAAGCAUUGUUCUUGAAGACCCGGAAGAGAUAACAAAAACGAUUCUACAGACGAUUCAGGAAACUGGGGUUCGGGCAAUCAUCUCACGUGGCUGGAGCAAGCUAGGGGGGAUCGACUCGGGAGAACUAAAUAGGAGUGAUGUUCUCUUUAUAGACGAUUGCCCGCACGAAUGGUUAUUUGAACGGGUUAGUGCGGUUGUUCACCAUGGAGGUGCUGGUACAACGGCAUGCGGGCUACGCAAUGGCAAACCUACUAUCAUUGUGCCAUUCUUUGGAGACCAGCCAUUUUGGGGAGAAAUGGUUUCUGCGGCUGGUGCAGGACCGGACCCUAUUCCAUAUAAACAACUCAAGGUCACAGCGUUGGCCCAAGCAGUGCGGUUUUGUUUGACGUCAGAGGCAGUGUGCUCCGCACAAGGUAUUGCCGCCAAAAUGCGGCAAGACGAAGGAGUGAAAACAGCUGUGGAAUCAUUCCAUCGGAACUUACCGCAAGGUCUGGUCGAAUGUGAUCUACUACCGGAAUUCCCAGCCUGUUGGAGAUAUCGCCUAGGCAAGAACAGGUUUCGCUUGUCAAAAGUUGCUGCAGAGAUUCUUGUUGAAAAGAAUCUGUUAGAUAUUAAAAGGCUGAAACCAUACCAACCAAACCCCAUUAUCAUUGAGAACACACGAUGGGACCCGGUAACUGGUAUCUCCUCUGCUGGAAUGGGACUCACAUUUGAUAUGCUCAAAGCAGGAGGCGAUAUCUUUUAUAAGCCGUACAAGGUAUACCAAGAUGGUCGCAACUCACCUCUUCCAUCGCCAACUGGUUCGGAAAACAAUCCUGCCCGGCUGCUGCCAGGAGGCGGUUCAACAUCAAUUCGCAAAGCUCAAUCGAUGAAUGAUUUGACGGCACGGGACGCUGGGUCUAAACAAAAAGGCAGGGGCGCUGCGAUGGCUGCGGCAUCGACGUACGCUUCUGGAAAGCUCCUCGGAAAGGUGGCUUCUGGAUUUAUGGUCGAUUUGCCUUUGGCUGCGGCUGAAGGCUUCCGUAUGCUCCCUGGUCUUUACGGAGAAAAGGUUCCGAAGUAUGGAAAAGUAAAAGAUUGGAAAUCUGGCGCAGUUGCAGGCGCUAAAAGCUUCGCCAUUAGCAUGGGAGGAGCUGUGACUGAUGUGUUCUAUCAGCCAUAUAAAGGUGCUAGAGACGGAGGCGCCGCUGGCCUUGCGGGUGGCUUGUUGAAGGGGACUUUUGGGGUUAUAGGCAAGAUGGCACAUGGCUCACUCGGCCUUGUUGCUUAUCCCGGCCAAGGUAUUAAACAAAGCAUUCAUUCUGCGCUUCAUAAGAGCACACGGAAGCUUAUUAUGGCGGCUCUUCACCUGGAGGGAUACGAUAUGGUUCGGCAAGAGAGAGUGAGAGGGAUUGAAGAUCGGAUAGUCAUCGAAAAAUUCAUGGGCAUGACCCAAAAUGACAUCGAUGAUGAUAGUGAUUAUGUAUAA